AUGAAGAAUCGUUCAGGGAGCAAGACAUCGAAGACAAGGCCAAAGCCAAGUGUCAGCAACCUAAAAUCUAAGCGUUUGCGCCCUCCUCAGUUGCAGCGGCUGGCAGCGAUCGACGAAUCGGAUGACGAAGCGAUGUCGAUUCAGUUCUUGAAAUUUAAAGAAUUUGACGUCGCCUCGAGCUGCCCUGUCUUAUCUUCGACCGUGACGGACACAGACGACACUGGUGUGCAUUUUGCUUCUGAUGAUUUGGACUCAUUGCAGUUCGAGUUGGAGGAUAUUUUGGCGCAUGUGGCCACAUGUCAGCGGCAGCUGGAGGAUGCCUUGCUGCAAUUGUCCGGAAAGCCGUCAUCUCUUACUAAUACUGCUGUCCAGUCGUUAUAUGCUGUCAAUACCUCAACAUCGUCGUUGUCAUCGUCCUCGAAGACCGCAACAAGUAGUCGUCAGAAACACAAAGCUAUCACUCAGGGUAUUUCCUCAAGCACUCCACUGAAGCGGCAGCGAUUGACUGCCCCUCUUAAAUCUAAAUUCAGGCGAUCUGUUACAUCGUGCGUCUCCUCUGCCAAGCAGGGGGCAAACAAGUCCAAGUCUGGUCGAAAGUACUUCUGGCCACAAAACCGGAUUCCUGAUCGCUUCUGGAACUUCGUCGACGAAUUUGCUGGGGUCAUCAGCCGUAGCGAUACGUCGACAUUGAAGCGUCUGAUCGAGGAAACGGACUCUUCACGAUGCUCUGAAUUCUACGAACUGCCCUCUUCCGGAAAACACUACUGUCUUCGCAACGGCGACGCCGUUCGAAUGGUCGACAAGUCAGUGGAACCGCUCAGUGACUUCGACGAUUCCUGAGGCUUUCUAAAAGCUUUGGACGGCACCAGGAUGAAGUGCCAGAAGCAGGGCGUCGCAGGCAAAUCGGAGGACGGGUAUUCAGAGAACAACGCUUCUUGCUCGAUGGGCGAUAUGGUAGUUUCAGCCGAGAAUGGUCGCGAUGAGGUGCUUUCCGAACUAUCCCAGCGUCAGGCUGAACUUCGCGCCCUGCAAGCCUCCAAUCACAGCUGCUUGUUGACACUGUUAGCGAAAUCCGAGGCGACCCUGUCCGUUGAACCUGCACGUCAAAAACUGGCUGUCAUUGACAAUACGGCAAGUGUUUUCUUUGGCUUGUUUUCGAUUACGGUGUCAGUGACCGGCGCUCAUUUUCAGAUCACAGGCCUCUUCCAGCAGAUAUAUGGCGAAAGCGCCUUGGUGCGCAGGCCGUUGUCGAAGAAGGAACAGGAGCAGUUGUGGAGGGCAAUUCGGGACCGCAAGAAAAUACUGGAGGACAUCGACGCACGCGGCAUGGCAUCUACGUCGUAUUACUAA